GGCUAGGCUACAGAUGAAAAAACGCGUUGCGAAUGAGAGACUUUUAUAUAUAAGAUUACAUCAGAGUACAAGAUGAACCGCAUCGCACAAGCACCAACAACUUGAAAAACAAUUCCUAUCGUAUAUUCACUUGAAACCCUAAUUCACUCCGUUCUCGAUCUCCCAACCUCGUCGUCUUCUGUCUCCAUCUGUACAUAGAUACAGAUCCGUUUUUGUAGAAUGGAUGGAAACAAAGACGAUGCAUUGAAAUCCUUCAAAAUCGGUAAACAAGCGUUGCAAAACGGCGAUCGGAAUCGCGCUUUGAAGUUUCUUAACAAAGCUCGCCGACUCGAUCCCGCCCUUCCUGUUGACGAUCUCUUGUCCACAAUAGACAGAGAUGAAGGGGAUCGUCCUCCAGUAGCUUCCGACCCGCCUCCCUCCGAUCAACCUUCCAUACGACGAAGGUCUUCCGCUCCGGCGCCUGGACCUUCAUCGUCUUCCUCAAUAUCAUAUAGCCAGGAACAAAUUUCAAUUAUAAGAGAAAUUAAGAGGAAGAAGAAUUAUUAUGAUAUUUUAGGGUUGGAGAAGAGUUGCACUGUAGAUGAUGUCAGAAAAUCUUAUAGGAAGCUCUCUUUGAAGGUUCAUCCCGACAAGAACAAGGCCCCUGGAGCGGAGGACGCGUUUAAGUUGGUCUCCAAGGCUUUUCAGUGUCUUGGUAAUGAGGAGAGUAAGAGAAAGUAUGAUGUUUCUGGAGAAGAUGAAGUGGUUUAUGAAAGGCACGCUGCUGCCAGACCGGCUUCUGCUAGAGGUUUUAAUGGUUACUAUGAGGCUGAUAUUGAUGCUGAGGAAAUAUUUAGGAAUUUCUUCUUUGGAGGAAUGGCUCCUGCUGCUAAUUUCGGUGGGUUUAGUUUUGGAGGGCCGGGGAUGGCUCAUAGACAGCCUGCUGCUGAUAAUGGGUCUGGCGGAUUCAAUGUCCGAGCUUUGAUUCAGGUGCUUCCUGUGCUUCUCAUUUUGCUUAUUAACUUUUUGCCUUCGUCAGAUCCUGUCUACACUCUUUCGCAAAACUAUCCCUAUGAACACCGGCUUACUACACCUAAGGGUGUUAACUACUAUGUUAAGUCCACAAAGUUUGAACAAGAUUAUCCCUUGGAUAGCCGCGAACGUCUUACAAUUGAGGAAAGAGUUGAGAGAGAAUACUUUGGUAUUCUUCGCCAGAAUUGUCAGUUUGAGAUGCAGCGACGCCAGUGGGGAUAUAUCAGGGAAACGCCUCACUGUGAUAUGCUUAGGAAGUUUGAUUCAGUCCGUUGAUGAGUUUGAAACAAGGUUUAAUUUCACUGUUGUCUUGCUUUUGAAUUAGAUGCAGAUCUAAACUGCGUGUGAUGAUAUUAUAGAAUGUACAACUUAUUUUUUCACUCGGUAAUUAGUGAAACAAUUACUAAUAAAUCACUUUGUUGGGAUUGUUA